CUUUCCGCAACACGUCGCGUUUUGUUUUUCAUCACAGGACUCUUUCUCUCUCUCUCUCUCUCUCUCUCUCUCUCCUUCCUCCUCCCCCUUUUCUUUUUCUCGGUACAUGGCGCAGAGGAGCCGCGCGAGCCGGUCGCCUCGUGUCCGUCCAUCACCGGGCGUCGCGGAUUUGGAUGUAACGGCGCGAGAGGGGGAAAAAAAUCGGCGGUAAGACCGGUAGCUUACCGGGCGGGCAGGCAGGCGCGCGCCACCGAACCUGUUAUCUUUUCCAUCCAUCCUUACAUCAAUCCAUCCGUCCACCCACUGUGCAUCUCUCUCUCUCUCUCUCUCUCUCUCUCUCUCUCUCUCUCUACCCCCCGUCCAUGUCGCGCGAUGCCGCACGCGGAUGCCGUUCUCGUUUUCGGAGGACAUUUUCGCAGCGCUAGGAGCCACCUAUGGAAACUGGGGAUCAAAAUUUUAGGAAGAAAAGAAAGAGGAUAUCAGCCGGGUCUUCCUUUGAUUUUAUUUCAUUUGAUUUCCCCUUUUCAUCUGUCUGUUGAUUGAUUGAUUGAUUGAUUGAUUGAUUGAUUGAUUGAUUCUGAUUGGUUGCUUUUCUCCCUCGUGCAUUUGCUCCUCUUUUUUUUCACUGAUUUGUGACACGCAUGUCACCGGCACAUCUGCACACCACUUCCAUAUAGUCUUCUGGUUUCAUUUGAAAAUCAUCCAGCAGUUUAUUCUGCAUCUGCCAUCCCUUUCUUCAUGCUUCUUUUUUUCUGUCUCUCCUUAUUAAAACAGGGUGCUUAGUUAGAGAGCUUACUAAAGGAGCACGGUGUGUGUGUAUAAAUAUAUGUACAUAUAUAUAUAUGUGUGUGUGUUAGACAAUUUUGCUGCUCUUUAGCUCCACACUUGUUGUGAUACAUUGCAUAUAUACAGAUUUUAAAACACAGAGGGCAAAGCGUCUCUCUGUUCCUCCGUCCACCCCCAUUUCACGCCAACAUUUCAUCCUUGCAUUCCUCCGGAGUGCUGUAUUUAACACCUUUAACACAUCAUAGGGAACGGGACGAGCUCACAACCUGCGAAAGGAUUUAACUCACACUUGCGCUUGUCACAUACAGGUUUCAGAUCAUCAUCAUGCCAUUAAAGUCCCUCUUAAGCAAUUAGUACAUGUAUAUCGCGUUAUCUUCUUUAGCUGGUCUUAUAGUGUAAGAAGGAGUGGAGGUAAGAAGCACAGCAGCAGCCGAAGAGGCUUUUCCAAAUUUCUUUACUAGUGAGUAAUCGUACAAACGCAACCAUAAGGUUCCUGGCGCGUCCGUCUUCUUCCCCCUCCUUCCGCUCCAACCUGUCCCGUUUUUUCCAUUCGGUCCGUUCCCCUCCGUUCUCCAAUAUUUAUUUCCUGUACGUGAAGAGGAAAGGGGGUCCCCCCGUCGUGCAAUGCAGCAGCAUGGGCACGUUUGACCGUGGCGUGCAGAUGCUGCUGAGCACGGUGGGCGCGUUUGCUGCGUUCAGCCUCAUGACCAUCGCUGUGGGCACAGACUACUGGCUGUACUCACGAGGCGUCUGCAAGAUCAAAACCACCAACGAGAACGAGACCAGCAAGAAGAACGAGGAGGUCAUGACCCACUCGGGCCUGUGGAGGACGUGCUGCUUGGAGGGAACCUUCAAAGGCCUGUGCAAGCAGAUCGAUCACUUCCCGGAAGACGCCGAUUACAAAGCAGACGCCUCCGAGUACUUCUUACGUGCCGUGAGAGCAUCCAGCAUCUUCCCCAUCCUCAGCGUGAUCCUGCUCUUCAUGGGAGGCCUGUGUAUAGCUGCCAGCGAGUUCUACAAGUCCCGCCACAACAUCAUCCUCAGCGCCGGGAUCCUCUUCGUCUCGGCAGGUCUCAGCAAUAUCAUCGGCAUGAUCGUCUACAUAUCGGCGAACGCUGGCGACCCCACCAAGAGCGACUCAAAGAAGAACAGCUACUCGUAUGGCUGGAGCUUCUACUUCGGCGCCCUGUCCUUCAUCAUGGCCGAGAUGGUGGGAGUUCUGGCCGUGCACAUGUUCAUCGACCGGCACCGCGAGCUGAGGUCGGGCGUGAGAGCCGCCGAUUACCUGCACGGUUCGGCCAUUACCCGAAUCCCCAGCUACCGUUACCGUUACCGGCGCCGCUCACGCUCCAAUUCCCAGUCGCGCUCCUCGUCACGCUCCACAGAGCGUUCGCAGUCACGUGAAGCCUCUCCAGUUGGACUGAAAGGCUUCGGCACUCUGCCCUCCACUGAGAUCUCCAUGUACGCGCUAAAGGGAGGCCACGGAACCCCAACAGCCACCUACAACUCAGACAGGGACUUCCUCCAGGUCCACAACUGCAUCCAGAAGGACCUGAAGGACUCGGCUCACGGAAACUCCGCCAACCGACGCACCACGCCGGUAUGAGGAAUGCCGUCGCCGUGGAAACAAACACCACCAUGACGAUGGGCAGAAACAAAGAUCAGAGCUGUAACGUUUGACCAUAGGGAGACGCAGGUUCUGUUCUUUUCCACAGUCUGCAUGAGUUUGUUUUUCUUUUUGUUUUUUUCCCGCCAUUUUUAUCUUAGAUGAAAACCAGCUCGUGUGUGUGUGUGUGUGUGUGUGUGUGUGUGUAGACACGUUUUUUGGCCCUGAUAUUUUUACUACCAUUCAGAACACGCCCUCGCCGACGAUCUCUGAGAACAGUGACCACACCAUGACUUUGGCGUUGAAACAAUCUCCAUGGCGAUUUAUUUAUUUUUUGAUAUACUCAUACUCAUACUAGCUCGCUAAUCUGCUAACAAAACGAUUAGCUAGCUUAGCUGGAGCGACCCAGCUACUAUCUUAGCUAAAGAAGUUUUGAUAUUUCAGAAGCUGAAUUUCGGAACAUUUCUUUCUUACACUCGGACACCAUUUUGCUUCGUUCGUCCGCCAUUUUUUGACAUUUCCUGAUAAUCCCUCUUUACUUCUAGCGAAUAAAAUAUGGUUAUAAGUUAGCGCUUAAGAUGAAGCCAGAAUUCGGGGGGAAAAAAAUAAAACUAAAAGUCGGUAAGGGCGUGUUAAAGUCUGGUGUCGAAACAAGGCCCGGGAUUAUAGAUAGAUAAACUUUCAUUUUUUUUCCUUCCACGUCUGGUUUGAUCAUUUUUGAUUUAUUUAUUUAUUUAUUUUCAUUUUAUUUUUUACAUUAAAAAAAACUGUGAAACACAGCAGUAGGGAUUUCAGUAAAGGAAAAGCCCAGACUGCAAACAAAGCGAUACAUUAUAAACACGUAUAAUGUAUUAAUUUUCUAACUUGAAUUCAUUUAAAGACUUUUCUGAAGUGCAAAAAAAAAAAAAAAAAAAAAAGUAACACCAAAAAAGAAAAAAGACUGAGAAAGCGGUGAGCGCGUGAACAGGAAGUUAAAGCGGUAAAAAAAACAUUUUAAAAAAUUUAAAAAAUGUAAAAAACGCCAAGAUUUUCCACCACGACGCUGCUGGAACACUUUUGAAAAAUUUAUUCUUUUAAAAACCCAGAACCUUCUCGUCUCUUUCGCCCCGUCCCUGUCUCCACUUCCUUCCUUCCUUUACUUUUCUUUUUUCUUUUUCUUUUUUUUUUCUUCUAAUCCCUCCUCCCGCCUUCAGCCAGACGCUGAAGGAGAAAGGUCAGAGGUCAACCCGACGGACACUCCAGGAUCCACUGCCAAGCCGGAGGACAGGGGGAGAAAAAAAAAGAAAAGAAAAAAAAAGAGAGGAGGAGGAGGAGGAGGAGGAGAGGGCGAUGCGGAAGAAAAAAAAAAGACGAGGAUGACGAACACUCGUGGAAGAAGGAGAAGAAAAAAUAAAGCAAGCGACGAAAUGAUGGACAUGAAACUCCUGAAUAAAUACCGAAGAAGAAAAAUGACAAAUGCAUGCUCUAUAAAUUUACAGGAAAUCUGCUCUUGAGACGUUUUAAAGGAUAACAAUAAUUCUAACGGGGGAAAAAGCAAUGCUAAAAAAAACCUUAGCGUGUAUUUCUUUUCGUUCUUUUUCUCCUUUUUUUUAAUCUUUAUCUUUUAGCUCUGGUAACGAAUCAACCUGCAACGACUUUUAACGGCUUUUUUCAUUUAAUUUAAUUGAUUUAUUUAUCGAUUUGUUUAUUUUUCUGUUGUUGUUGUUGUUGUUGUUGACUCUUUUCUCUGUAACUGUAGAUAUUUGGGUUUCGGAGGUUCCACACAGCCGUAGCUGCGCUGUUGUUGUUUAUUUCUUUUCUCCUCUUCUCUCUCUCUCUCUCUCUCUCUCUUUUUCGGGAUAAUUUCAGUGUGUUGUUUUAAACGAACUCUAAAAAGGUGCCAAAAAGCAGAAACACUGGAAUGAUCCUCAGCUUUUGGAUGCAUCGAGUUCUGAUGAAUAAAAAAAGUCCAACCCCAGAGGGAACAACCA